AAAGCGUAACUAAACCCCUGGUCAGAGCCUGACUCCGCCCACUGGCAAUAUUUGAAAAAUGCAAGAAAAGUGGGCAGAUCCCAACAGAGAUAGAGGGGACGAACUAAGCUUGUACCAAGUGCGUGGUGAGAUCGUAACAAGGGCGUGGUAAGCUUGAACCUGCUUACGUCACGAGUCAUUUUUUGGACCCAACAUCCAAUAGGAAAAUUCAACUGCAGUAGCCACCGUUCAACCUGAAGAGGGCAGCACUCAGACGUUUUUACACCAUAUAGUAUUGAAACACUUUAUAUCCAAAUGUCAAAAAACUUACUAAAAUCAAUGAACAGCACUAAUAAACCAUCAUUCUUACAGAUCAGUAACUAAAAAAAGUUGGAUUAUGGUUUAGUUACUCUUUAAGUGUACGCAUUUAUUACUUCUGAACAGAGAUAAAUAUCAAAAUUCUGUUCAAUCACUUCUGUGCGGCUCACUCAAAAAAUCACCUGUGCCAAAAUAACAAUUGAACCAUAACAAUUGAACCAAAUUUGAAGAAGGAGUAGCGAAUAAACGAAAACUGUACAUUUCAAAAUGGCCGCUACUGUAAUGGAUGGAGUCUUACUGUAAGGUAUUAAAAACAAUAAGCAUAACGAUAGCAAUCAUGGGUACUAAGUAGAAUUUCAUAGAUCAAACGGAUUAGCAGUUAUAACCAUUAGAACACUGAAUUUUUUCACUACUGGUGGCGCUUUAGAGUUAGUGCUAGAAACCCUAUUUUUGGUCACAUUACUUUUUAGGACUACAACUGUGCCAAAUUUCAUAAUUUUCCUACUUACGGUUCAAGGGCUGCCAUAGACGCCUAUGGCUAAGAAGCAGAAUAAUAAUAAUACUAACAAUUCCAAUAGGUGCCUCAGCACCUUCGGUGCUUGGCCCCUAACUAAUAAUGCCAGAAUAAUUUUUUAACAUGCUAAUAAAGUUUUUCGUCAUUUAUUUGUCUUUGAUAAUUUCAAUACAAUGGUUUAUGUGCAUUAACUAAUGUUAACAAUCACUUUUGAUUUUAAUAAUGUAUUAGCAAAUGCUGAAAUUAACAUGAACUAAUAUAAAUUAAUGGUGUAGAAGUAUUGCUCAUUGUUAGUUAAAGGUAGGGUAACAGAUUUGAUCCUGAAACAUUUUUAGUUAUGCUGGUUAAAAGUCUCCUCACACCCUGAUAGCAAUCCCUGUGUUAAGUUGUUUAAAUGUAUUUGUAGAAAUUUAUGUCAUCUGUAAAAGGCGUAGGACAAAAAAUGUUCAACCAAUCAUAGAUUUCGGUCCGAACGGACGUUUCCUUUUUUGUCCCUCACACAUAAGCGUAAUUUGAAUGCCCACCGCGCAGCGAGUCCACACAAACACCAUACGUCAUCGGCGCAUUCAUGUGCGCUCACCUCCUGUCUGUAAACAGCGAGAAUGGCAAACUUUUCUGCUGAAUUGACAACAGAGGAGGCACAAAACGAAAGACAUCUUUUAUAACAACAACAGCAAAAACUGCCUGGAUCAGCAAGAGCAAAAACCCAAAUGAACAUCGGUAACUCUACUGCUUUACCAAGUGAUGCAAACAGCUGCAGGAGGCAAAGGGUCUGAAAGGGUUGUUGCACUGUCUAUUUUGGUAAGGUAGGUACGCAAUAUGUUUGUGUUGAGAUGGAUUCAGAUUCUACUUUGAUGAAACAUUGUGUUGCUUAUGAAAUUGUGUUAGUUUACGGAUUAGCGUAACGAUAUAGUUACUACGUCUACACAACCGAAAGUGUGCUUUAACUAAUUCUGAUGUAAACACGUUGUUUAUGUUGGUUAUUUUGAAAAUGUUAUUCACUACUGCAAAGUUUUCUCACUGGUGAAUGAGACAUGAGAUGUGACCGUCUGAUCUGUGCGUGUUCAUGUGUUAUGAAAUAGGCGUGACUUUGGAUGCCGAUGCUGGGCGGCUACCGUUAGCAUUUUUCAAAAUGUGUUACCCUACCUUUAAGCAUUAACUAAUCUCAACAAAUACAGCCUUCAUUGUAAAAUGUUGCCUGGAAUGCAAUAAAGCGUGCUUAGGUACAAAUUAUUUAGUUUUCUUCUGUAACCCAUAACUGAUGAACCUACAUCAUGUGAUGACAUCUACAGCACUCUUUUUGACUAGAAUUUUAAUACACAAAUGAGGGCCGCGACUAGCGAUCCUAGUGCCACUGGAAAUUAACUAUUUGACUAUAAAAUGUCUUCUUGUUGUUAGAAAUGUACAUUUAUGUUUACUCUGCGGCAUGCUUAAACAUUUGUUUUUUAUAGAGGCAGUAUUAUCUAAGAAAGAUUAGGAGGAUGAUCUUGGAGUAUUUACCUCAGAGCAAGUUGUAACAGCAUCAAAUGAAAGGAUUGAAUAUUAGCAACAGGAUUGAAAACACUAACAGUAGCUGUCUCUGUGUAAAAUUCAAAGGAUCAAUAAGCAGAUCAGCGUGCAGUGAUGGUGAAACAUCAGCGAGGAGCUGUGACAGCAGUUAUGAACAUGAGUUUGUUUCUGCUUCUUCUGCUGUCAGGACUUCUGUUCAGGAUUUCUGAUUCUCAGAGAAAGUACUUCUAUAUCAAUAAGAAUAUGACAUGGACAAAUGCUCAGAGUUACUGUAGAGAGAGAUACACUGAUCUGGCUACUGUAGACUCGAUGGAUGAUGUGAACAGGAUGAUAUUUCUAACAAAUGGGUACAGAGGAUCAGUGUGGAUUGGACUGCAGGGGGUGAACCAGACUAGCUGGGUUUGGUCAAAUGGAGAAAACACACUCUCUAAGUAUAGUACCUGGUACAGCCCACCAGUUGAUGAACUUACAAGUUCAUGUGGGCUUAGCUAUAAUGGGAAUUGGUAUACUAGGGAAUGCUAUCGGCAUUUAUAUUUUGUAUGCUACAAUGAAACUACUAAAUACAUCCUUUUCAGUGUGAUGAAAACCUGGAUGGAAUCUCAGAGUUACUGCAGACAGUAUUACACUGAUCUGGUCACCGUCCACAAUGCUCAGGAAAAAAGCGAGCUACUUGCCAUUGUUGGAUCUGCACCAUCGGUCUGGAUCGGUCUGUUCUUAGACUCUUGGCAGUGGUCUGACCAAUGCAACUUCACCUUCAGAAACUGGGCAGCAGUAUCCCCAUUACAGAGUUCAGGAACUGGUGACUGUGUUGUCAUGUCAGGAGUUACUGGAAAAUGGGAUAAGUCUUCCUGUAAUGUAACAUACCCUUUUUUCUGUUAUGAUGAUGUCAAAGUUCAAACUGUCAGACUGAUCUUUUCCCUUGAUGACAAAUACAAUCUGAAUGACCCUUUACUUCAGACUGCCAUUCUCAAUCAGAUAAGUGAAAAGCUAAAGAGCGCCGGACUGCAGAAUCGCAGCACAACAAGCUGGCUAAUGGAUGAAGGUGGAGAGGUGUUUCACCUGGAGAGCAAACCUAAAACGAUUUCAAAAGAUGCAUGUGAUAAAAACUAAUAUUUAAUGAAUGCAGUGAACUUUAAAACAUACACAAUACAUAUGAAGUAAAUUAAGAUAUUUGCUCUUUGCAAUGAUGUGUGCAGUAGUAUAUUAUAUUUUAAGUAGUACAUUAACAUACAAUUUUCACCAAAUUUCUAAGAAAAGUCAUUGCUUUUUUGUAAUUACAGCACUUAAAGUAGAGUGAGUUAGUAAUUCUGCAUCAGAAAGGUAGCCAUUUACUACUUUAUGUACUAUUAGAUUAGUUAAGAUGCACUGUAAAAAAAUGGCAAAUGUUAAAUUGCAGUUAAAUACUGGCAGCUAGAUUUGCCAGCAUACAGCUGUUGUAUUUUAACU